AUGGAGAGCGUGCGCAUUGCUUACUUCGUGCAGGUCGGGCUGGACUCCGUGCCGCUGCUGCCCAGGCUGUUUGAGAGAAUACAUCACCCGGAGAAUGUGUACGUCGUGCAUGUGGAUGCCAAGGUGGACCCGGCGACGAGAAGUCGUAUUGCGGAUCUGGUAGAAGCUGAUGAGAGAUAUGUGAAGAAUAUGCACGUGAUGGAGAGUGAAAUGGUCACAUACAAGGCUAUUUCUAUGGUGACUAAUACAUUGUCUGCGAUGACGAUGGCGCUGGAAAAGUCGAGCAAUUGGCACUACUUUAUCAACCUCAGCGGCGCGGAUUACCCGCUCCUCUCCGUGGAGCGCCAGAUGUCUCUGCUUGCACGGCCUCAUGUACCCAUCGGCCGCCUCAAUUUUGUCACCUUCUUCCCCUCAAAGGAGUGGAAGCCGUACCAAUUCCGCAUCCGCAACAUGCAUUGGGACCCCGCCGCCGUGGGGUAUCAGAGCGAAAAGUCUAGGCUUAGGCUAAUACGCAGCUUAAGAGAGAACCCCCUUGAGCGACAUCGUGCCUUUGUGUUCACCAAGGCGGAGGCGUGGAUGAUCCUCUCGCGUCCGUUUGUAGCUUUUGUUGUCCGGAGCGCUUUCGCAAAGCGCAUGCUGAUCAACCAUAUGCACGUGCUCUCCGUUCCUGAGCAUUAUUUUGCUGAUGUGCUCUACAAUCACUCAUUCUGGAGGAAGACAAUUGUGCCCGAUGCACUGCGAAAAGUUGUGUGGUAUUUGCGCAACAAGCGCUCGGGGCAGCAUCCAUUUGCGCUCGACGGCGGCUCGACAGUGAUGUCGAGGUGGGAAUACAUUGCCACUACCAGAAGCUUGUUCGCCCGCAAGUUUGUAAAACCCGACUCCGAGCUCAUGGAUGCAGUUGACUUGAGGCAAAGUGGAGCGGGCCUCAACGCUAGCGACCCGAGAGUGGAUGACUUUCGCAAGGAUAGACAAAUCUUCCACAACAGAAUUGUACGCCAUUUCGACAUGCUCACCAAGAAGUCACUUGAACUGCAGGGCUAUUCAGCCCCACGCGGCGCCUUCUCAAGCUCAUACUAG